AUGUCAGUCAUACUCGUAUCACCGGACCGACAACUAGCCGACGAGAUUGAGGCCAUCUGUGGCCGUCCAUCGUGGAAGGGAAUAGUGUGUCACCUUUGGCCUAAGGCUAAGUACAUUGAGGCUGUGGUGACAGGGUCCAUGGCACAAUAUAUAUCAUCUCUUGAGUACUAUAGUGAUGGGAAGUUGCCAUUGGUGUGCACCAUGUAUGCUUCAUCUGAGUGUUAUUUUGGUGUGAAUUUGAAACCCUUAUGUGACCCUGCGGAUGUGUCAUUCACUCUCUUGCCCAACAUGGGUUACUUUGAAUUCAUACCUUUGGGAGAUAAUGGAACACUGUUAAUGGAUAUGGAUGAAGAUGAAGAGGUGCCCCCCAAUAAGCUUGUCGACCUGGUGAAUGUUAGACUUGGUUCUUACUAUGAAUUGGUGGUUACCACUUUCUCUGGACUUUAUCGGUAUCGCAUUGGUGAUGUGCUCCAAGUGACAGGAUUCCAUAAUCGAGCCCCACAGUUUCGUUUCAUCUGCAGGAGAAACGUCGUUCUCAGCGUUGAUAACGAUAAAACCAAUGAAGAAGACCUACACAGGAGCAUCACAGUGGCAAAGAGACUCUUGGAACCCUACAAUGCCCUCCUGGUGGAAUACACUAGCUCUGCCGAUACAUCAUCUGUACCAGGGCACUAUGUGAUUUACUGGGAGAUCACACAUUGCACAUCAAUGGCAGACAAGGUCACCCCUGUCGAUCCCGGGGUGUUUCAAGAUUGCUGCAUAACCAUUGAAGAAGAACUUGAUUAUAUCUACAGGCGCUGUCGGGCUCACGACAAGUCCGUCGGGCCAUUGGAGAUUCGAGUAGUGAAGCCCAGGAGUUUUGAAUUGUUGAUGGAUAUGUUAAUCAACCAAGGAGGGUCAAUUAACCAGUAUAAAACUCCAAGGUGCAUUAAGUCUAGUGCUGCACUUAAACUGUUGAACUCCAAUGUGAAGGCUAGCUUCUUUAGUCCUAGGGAUCCUUCUUGGACCCCUUGAAUUUGCAACUAGAAUAAUGAGAAUGACCCAAUUUUCCUUCACUUGGAUUUGUGUUCUGGGACUUAAU